CCGCCGUUGAGAACACUCACAACAACUGAUAGUAUCACUGCCCUUCGUAUCCUUCCCUCGCUAUCUCUUCUCCAUAAACUUGAAAAAUCAUGAAUCCGCUCUCAAACAACUUAAAUCGCUUGUUCAGCGUAGCCUGUCUGGCCAGUUGGUCUGGGAUGUUAACUGCGGAGCCUACGCUCACGGACACCUUACCUGCUAGCUUGAAGGUCUAUAUUGGGGGUCAAGACAAGGUUGUGAAUGUCUUCAUUUAUGAUACCACUAAAAAUACUUUCACCCCCAAGACAAGCUCCGAUGCACUUGGUGCCAAUACAACUUGGUUUCAGGUUGAUAAAACUAACCAGUUCAUAAUCAGCGCUUCCAGCGGCCAUCCUCCAGACCAAGCGGGUAUCUUUGCCGCCUCCGUUUCGGCUGAUGGUACCUUGAAAAGGACAACCUCUAUUCCAUUGAAUGGCAACCCACACGUAUCAGCUGCAUUCGACCGAGACGACACUACUGUCACCAUCACAACGGGAAAUGUGAAUGCUGAGUCGGAUUUGAACAGUUAUAAACUGAUUCUUGAUGGAACAAAAAAACCCGAACCAGAGGCAACUGUUAGGUUGCAAGCCUUCCCCGCCCCCACAGAUCCGAAGGUCUUUGCCUAUGCCAGUCAAGUGAAACGCAAUCCAAGUGGAAAUAUCUAUCUCAUUCCAUUCUCUAACUUGGACUCGAUUGGCUCGCAGACGAUAGCUCCGUUCACGUCCGCUCAGAAUUCUGACAUCGUCGUUAAAUCUGGCUGUGGUCCCCAAUCUCUCACAUUCCCUCCUGGAGACGUAUCAACAGAAACAAACAUGAUUUUUUACUUGCUCUGUCAAAGAUCAAAGGAGAUUCUUCUGAUCGAAGUCCCAAACCCUACAGGAUUCCCCCUCGCCCCAAUCUUGCACAAUUCCAUAAGUACCCUAGCCUCGGGUGCCAAAGCAGAAGACUUUGACGCGACUGAAACCUUGAUCACUCCCGAUGGGAAAUUUUUGUACACAAUCAGUGUUCCAAAGGUUUCAAAUGGCAAGCAGGAAAAUAUGUUUACAGUAUUUGCUCGUGAUGCAGCAACUGGAAACUUGGUGCAGACAGGCACAUUCAAGACAGGCGGGAAGGGCUCCCGCAACUUCAGGUUCAGUCCUGACAAAGCUGCAAGUUUGAUUAUCGUCUCCAACACAGAUAGCAACCUAGUCUGUGUUCACAAGAGGGACCCUCAGACAGGUGCAUUGACUCAAGUUGGUUCAACCAAAUUAAACUCACCAGGGUUCCCUUUAUUUGUAGCUUAAAAAAACCAAAUCACAUUCACACUUUUUGUCCAAAAAAAUGAUGAGAGAUCCUUCUGAAGAGAAUGAUGAUCUGUUUGUUUUCUUUGGUUGUUA